AUGGAUCAUAAUGUCCAUGCUAUAACUUUGGAACGAAGGGUGCAGCUGGAAUGGAGGAAUCGCCAUUUUUCUACUCCUAACAUUAGUGGAGCUGCUGCUUCUUCUUCUUCUGAUAUGGCGUUUUCCUCCAAUUCUUGCUUCGGCGACUCCCUAGCGGACACUGGCAACCUAAAACAAUUGGCCUCCAUAUCCGAUCAGGUCUUUUCGCUUCUUCUGCCGCCUUACGGAGAAAACUUCUUUGAUCAAUCCACCGGUCGUUGCUCCAAUGGCCGCCUCAUCAUCGAUUUCCUAGCUGAAAGCCUUGGGUUGCCAUUGCUACCACCGUUUCUGCACGACAAGGACAAUGUGGUGACAUUGGGACACGGAGUGAAUUAUGCUGUGGCGGGUGCGACAGCAUUGAAUUCAUCAAUUCUUGAAGCAAGAGGGAUUGUUAAUUCAAUGACAAAUGCAUCUUUAGGAGUCCAAUUAGAAUGGUUUAAACAAACAUUGCCUUCUCUUUGCAAAAGCGUUUCAGAAUGUAGAACCUUAAUCGGAAGUUCUUUGAUCAUAAUGGGAGAGAUUGGAGGAAACGAUUACAACUAUCCAAUAUUAGCAGGAAAACCCAUCAAUGAGGUGGAACCAUUAGUUCCUCUUGUUAUUGAUACCAUCGUCUCAGCAAUCAAUGAGUUAAUCGAUAUGGGGGCUCAAACACUGGUUGUUCCAGGAAACUUUCCAAUCGGAUGCUCUUCAGCGUAUUUAACACUCUGUGGUUCUGAAAACAAGAUAGAUUAUGAUAACACAACCGGUUGCCUCAUCAAUUUAAACAAAUUUGCAGAAUAUCACAACGAACUGCUGCAAACGAAAUUAAACCACCUUCGAGAGCUUCAUCCUAAUGUCGUAAUCAUGUAUGCUGAUUACUACAAUGCUGCCAUGCAAAUUUUCCUUUCUCCAGACAAAUAUGGAUUCACAAACGGGGCUCUAAAGGCAUGUUGUGGAGGUGGAGGGCCUUAUAAUGUGAACGCAAAGGUGGAAUGUGGAAUUUCUGCGAGUGUGUGUGAUGAUCCGGAUACGUAUGUUAAUUGGGAUGGAAUCCACUUAACGGAAUCGGCAUACAGAGUAAUUUCAAGGAGUUUAUUUCAAGGGGCGUAUACUACACCUCAAUUUAAUUUGUUAUGUCCUGCUCCUACAUCAACAUCGACAUUACAAGUUGGAAACGGAUUAUGGAAUUCUGUCUAAAUCCUUUUUAUAUACACAUAAAAUAAAUGUUGUAAGCUUGUAAUUUUAAUGAUUACAGGAAUUACAUAUCUUGUACUUUAAUCUGGAAGUCGGUUCUAAAUUCAAAUGCCACUUGGAGUACAACUCGUUAAUAUGUAUAUCUGAAAAUUUAAAAAGUUCUAAUAAAUCCGAUAAUCAAACUUGAAA